UAAAGCACAUGUACAAUUUAAAUCUUAAAUAUUAACAGAGAUUUGGAUUUCUUUCGUUAAUCCUGAUUAACUCGUUCAAUACACUAUUGUAACUAUAGCCACCCGACGUCAGGACAGAUCGGGCACGAUAUAUGAUUGAUGCCAAUAUGAUUUAGGCAUGGUAUUAUGACAGAUAAAUAAACAAUUCUGUGACUCGUCGAGUUUUCAACCGUUUUCAGUAAUAUUGGUUAUAUACAUUGGACAGCUUAACACGCAAUGUCUCGCGUUUUUGUAUUUUUUAUAUGGAUUUCAUUAACAGUCAAAUCAAUUGAAUGCACAUGCAGUCUGCCUACAGAAUGGGAUGGCACGUGGUACGAUAGUUACAGGGGAGAUGUUGUUUUCGACCACAACAACGCACAAGUCACCUCUGGUUGGACGUUAUCAUCGUACUCAUCAUCUGUUUCAUCAUUUACUUGUGUUACAGAAGACACCGGAUACUUCCUGUUUAAAGGUAACUCUUUUGUGCAGUUAUUCUCCAACGAUUACAACGCAUUUUAUUGUCUAAAAUAUACAAAGAUUACAGACUAUAGUUACUACUACUAUCUAUAUUCAGACACGGAAGCAAACGCAAAUAAUGAGAGAGCGUAUGUAGAGUUGUACAAUGCAGCAGUGUCGACAUAUGCUAUAUCAACGUACUGUAAUCCCUCUACACCUCCAGUUACAGAGGAAUUCCACGUCAUGGUCAAAUCAGGAUUUGAAUCCAAUAUAAAACAAUGGUUUCCUACCCCAUUGUUAGGCAACUUUUAUUACACGCACAAUGACGGCAGUUCUGAUACUUGUGGAGCCAGCUCUGUGUGGGACGAUUGUACAAACAGAACAGAAGCUGUGUUUAAUUAUACCUUAUGUAGUACUCAAGUUUUAUUCUCUGCGGAUGGUCAGCUGAACUGUGCAACUUACCUAAGUAGUGGGGACACAUACUAUGUCUCAGUAUUAAAUUUGGAUGCCACAGUAACCAGUCCAACGUAUAGAUUUACGUGUAUGACCGUGACCCAGUCUGGAAGCACAGUAUAUGUAAGUACUAACCCAGGGGGCUGUGUGGCUGGACAAACAUCUACAACGAAAACAACAGACGGUGGGACAGUAACACUUACUCCUUAUUCGUUCACCACAGACUCGGGGACUGCAUCUGCAGGGUUUUCUAUCAUUCCUAUUAUAGCAGCCGUAAUGGCCAUUCUACUUAUACUAGCCAUAGUAUUUCUGGCCUGUUUUCUUUACAAAAAGCACAAGAAAAAUAACGAAGAAUCCAAAAUCCAAAGUAGUGACAUGGAGAAGAAGCCAAUCGAAAGUAAUGGGAGAGUUAAAGAAGGAACAAGAGUUCACCCAAGUACAUUUGACAUUGAAUCAUUUGUGUCAGGCGACAAGGAGGAUACCAUGACAGAGUAUUCAUUAUACAUAAAAUCCGAAUCUGAUAUGAUUGUAGAACCGAUGACAGCCCGAGAUGCUCUAUCUGUGGAUCUACCAGACGAGGAUGACAGAGGACUGGUACCUAUGCAUGAUUACCCUAGACCAGCUCCUCCAUCAACACCGAUGUCACGAGCCAUCAGAGCACAGAUUCCUGACAUGGAACAACCGUCAAUCCCGCCUAUCAGUAAGAGAUAAACAUCGACAAAAAUGGGUGCUAGACCAGCCAGUGCCAUCAGAUUAGACCAUAUCAUGUUGUGAGAGUAUGCCAUUGUAUUCCUCAUAAUGUAUAAAUAAUGGAAAGAAACAGUCAGAAACAGUUAUGUAUUUGAAGAACACUGAUUGACAAAAACAUUGCAGAUUUUACACAUUGAAUAUCUAGUAACAGUAUCAUGAUUGCUGUUUUGUUACAUUAUUAAUUUUGAACUUUGCUUCUUGUGGUUUUUGGAAGUUUGAACUCUAAACACAACAUUACAACUACUGUAGCCUAAUAUGUUGAUCCCUUUUACAAAAGAAAAAUGUAUUUUGUAUAUAUAAUGGCGAAUUGAUUUAGCUUUGAAAGGGUUCUUCUUGUUUUAUAUCAAAACUGUGCAGAGAUUAGUUUUAGACACGCUGCAUUUGAAAUUAAACAUGCAACAACGAGAAUGACAAUCGAACAACCAUAGCAUUAAUUUUGUAAUGUUGUCUUAUGCGAAUGAUGAGCUUCCCAAGGUUACAAAUGACAUACAUGUUUGUUUUCUAGUCCAUUAUUUUGAGUGCUUAAAGCAUACUGCAUUGACUUCUGAAUCAUUGUAUUAUAAAUCAUUGUUGAACUUAUUAUGAUUUGAAACAAAAAUGAAUUUAGACUAAGCCUAUGAUGAAAGUUGGAUGAAAAUACUGUAUAUUUGUUCAGAAAUUUUCAUCUGUUUGUGUAUGAUAUGUAUAUACAUUUGAAUAUAAUAUAUUUAAUUUGUAAAAUAUUGGUCUAUUAUGAUAUAUACCAAAUAUGAUAAAAGAUAGAUUAAUCGUGUAUUUUUCAUCUUGUUUGUAAUAUUCUUUCAUAUCUAUUGAAUUUCAAGAUUCAAAUAAAAAGUUUUAUCAUCA